AUGCAGCAUAAUACUUUGGAGGUUGACGAUGGCGAUGAGCCGAUCAUGAUGAAGGGUCAUGAUGGCAUGGUACGACCCCUCAAGGAUAAGCUUCGCACACUUUGCAAGCAGAGGCGGAUUCGGCUGCAAGAGUUUUUCAAGCCAUAUGACGUACAUCACAACAAAAAGGUGUCCAAAGGGCAGUUCCGACGCGCCCUCGACCAAGCCGGCCUAACGGCGCCGGCAAGGGGCGCUCCUCCCUCGGACCUUCUGACCGUACAGGAGGUUGAGGUGCUAGUUAAGCGCUACGAGGUAAAGGGUGACGCGAGGGCUGGCGCUAUCGGCGAAGGGGUGGUGAACUAUUGGAAGCUGUGCGAGCAGGUCGAGAAGGUUUUCACUCGCCGAGGGCUCGAGAAGAACCCUACCCUGGAUGUCAAGCUAUCCCUAGAAGACCGACCGGGGUCUGGGUAUGGGGUACACCGCCCGGGACUCUCCACCCAGGAGGCGGACCAAGUGGCCACGCUGCUGGGACGGGUCAGGUUGUUUUCGGCUACGGAGGGCCUAAUCGUGAAGUCCCUGUUUGAGACGUUCGACAAGAGGCACAGCGGUAGGGUCACGAGCCCUAUCUUCCUACGGCAGCUGGACUCUAUGUUCAAGGGAAGGCUGUCCAAAGAGGAAGCCAGGCGAGGAAAAUGA